AGAUGCUGCCGCUGCGAAAAUGAAGAUACACAACGAAAAAAAUGUUACUACACCCGAGCGAAAAUAAAUACUAGAAAGAAAGGGAAGAUCGCAGCAGCAUUUUCUUCCAAGCUAGUAGUUCUUUUCACUAAACAAUACCGACCGACGAGCUGCCAAUGUCCUCCUCCCCCUCCUCACCAGUUGAGAAUAAUAUUUCCUCCGCACAAGCAGCAGAACCAGUACCAGAAGCACAAGCAGCAGCGCUAAGUGCGCAUCCGUCGACGAUCAACCCUGCUGUGCCGUCUGCUUUUCCUCUACGGCAAAACAGCUUGGAAAAUGUCAGCGACGUGCCGGACGCGCAGCAUGAGGGCCACCAGGACGUGGAAGUCGACGUCGAGGCCAUGGACGUCGUCCACCACGCGCACGCGCCUUCCAUUGAUACAACCGCAUGUAGUACUAGCUCACCACAAACUGCCUGGUACCCCGACCCACCGAGCUGCACCAACUCGGCACGCACCCGGGCGAGUCGCGUUCCGGCGUCGCCGUCCUUUGACGAAGCGGAGGCCAGGUCUUGCGCAGUUUCGCGGGUAGGAGGUCGUGUUUGUGCAGAGGAAGGAGAGAGUCGAGCUACAAGUCGGCUGAACAAGUUUUUGAAUCCUGCGAUGAACAACAAAGUGGAACACGAACGAGAACAUGAUGUGGAAAUCAUGCCUGUGGGUGUCGGUGUGACUUCUGUGACUGCGUCAAGAACUACACUAGUAGACCCGCCCGCGACCACGACCACCGGCAGCGGUAGAAGCCUCUCGUCCUCCUGCGCCCCCGCUUCGCCAUUAUCUACGAUUGCUACGGCAGUUAACAGUUACAACCAAGCCGCGGGGGGAACGGGAACGCUCACGCUUGUGCCGGUUCUACCACAGACGAGUUGUUAUAGCAAGAGUGCAACUGUGGGAGGAGAUCAUGGAGAUGAUGUUGACCAACAGCAACAGGGUAGCAAUCAAAAUGGUCCUGCAGCCUCCAGUUCAACAUCUACUUCCAGUUCAACAGCUCUCCUGCAGCCGCUCCCUCGACAAACGAGGUCCGCGCCUUCCGAGUUGGCCGGGCUGGCAGCGACCGCAAGUGCAAAAAAUACCGGAGCUGCAGGAGGCGGAGCGGGAAUUACAGUAGCAAAAGUUACGACAGACGGUUCGAGUAGUUCUACUGUUGUGAACAGCAUCAAGACCUCCUUGUUGUCCACCCCUGGUCGCUUCGUGGUGCCGGAAGAUGGAAGUUCAACAUCUAUGCGCGGUGGAACGUCGACGAGACCUGCUGAUGUAGAUGUUCUUAAACUUGGUAUGGUACCUUUUACAUCAGGAGCACCUGCUACCUCCACGGUGCUGGAAAGAACAUCAUGCGCUGGUGGUCCUGAUGAAAAGGAGGAAGGUGGAAAGAAGCAGCUCUUGCAAGGAAACGACUACAUCGAGAAGAUCAACCUCUCCCCAAGGUUUGGGACGACUAGUGAUCAUGCAGGUUUUCUGACGAGCGGUGCCGACGACCACUACGCGCGACACCGCCCUGGUGUUUCAUCGCUGUUAUCUGCGACGUCCUCUAAGGCGUCUGCAUCAGCGCCUGUUGCGCAGCAGGUACUAGAUAGAACAACACCACGCAAAGAGAGGAGCGAAGACCUGACGUCUUCAUCUUCGGGUACUAGCUCUGACGUCGAGCUUGUUCAGGUGAGGAAUCGAAACGCGUCUGGAAGUUCCGCGGAAGUUCAGCAUGUUGACCAGGAGGCCGUGGACACCGAUCUUCAACCAAUGACGAGCUCAUCCAGUUGUACAACUUCCGGUGCGCCGGAAGGAGCACCACGAGAGCGACCAGCUGAAGAUGCGGUAGCAGACCCCAGUUUGAUAUUCGACGGCAGCAACAAUACAUCACUCUUCGGAAGCAGCGACACAACCUACGUGUUGAACACCACACGCAGCACGUCCAGCACGAUUUCUUCCCUCGCCAGCUCCCGCACGACAGGUUGUAAACAAGCUGCACUGGGAGGUAGUAGCAGUUGUAAUAGCGGCAGCAAUCUUAAUCUUUUGUUGAAAGGGAACGACUCUUGCUCCACCAUCGACACCACUGCGUCCUCCUACUCAAAUUGUAGUAGCUCUGGCGGUAGUAGUAGUACAACUAGGAUCGUAGGAGCUUCCGGUGCAGCGCAUGAGCCUUCGACACAGCACGACGAGCUCAGUGGUUCUUCUUCGUCGACGGGCAAUGCGUCAAGUUGGAGCAGCAAGCCCGGUGUGGAUACCGUGUUCGACGUCACCAAUCCUGCUGCUGCUGCACCUGUAGAAGAAGUUCUAGAUCCAAGCAAAAAUGAUACCGCCUCGAAUCACCCGCCCAUUCUCGUCAGCCGCAGGUCGGUGAGCACCCCGGACUGCCAUAGCACAUCAUCGCGAGCAAGUUCAUCUCUCCAAGAACUCCAAUCCGGCGGUGCCACGUCUUCAACCGAUAAUUGUAGCCCGCAGUCCCGCAGCUACCAAGGACAACAGCCGGCGAAGAUGCUGACUCCAAGUGAAGGCUCAUCUAGCGGCCUACUACCGGACCAGCACGGCAGUCUGGUGCGGAGCAAGAGCAGUUCUGAUAUACUUUCACCGACUGGAGGUGGGACAACGACAUGUAGUUCAAGGCACCCGCCAGAUGCAGACCCGUGGAAGGGGUGGCGCGUGCUGAUCGACACGUAUUACCUGUACUAUUACAACACGUACACGAACACGUCCCAGUGGCAGCUCCCGAAGGAGCUGCACCCGGUGCUGGGCGAGUGGAAACAGAUCACGACCAACUCGGGAAACCAGUUCUGGUGGAACAACAAGGCGCAGCUCUCCCUCUGGGAAGAUCCACGGCAGACCUACGACGUGUUUUCCGCGGUGCUCAGCGGGAAUUUGCUGUUUUUGUACCUGUUCGUCGAGUGCGGGGGGAAGUUGGAGAUCACGCACCCAGACACCAAUGCCACGCUCCUGCACUACGCCGUGGCCAGUGGCAACAGGAGAAUGGUGGAUUACUUGAUGGACAAGUUCUUUAAUAUUCCUACAAGAACAUCUAGUUGUAGUGCGGAAGGACAAGACAAGGGAGCGUCGAGAGGUGCUGGUGCUGGUGUAGAUCAAGUAAAGGGCGAAAGUACCACUUCUACGACGACGAAAACAUCAUCUUCAACCUGCGCCGCUGACAGCGUCGAGGGCAGCUUUCACUGGAUCGACAAAGAGGGCAACGAUCCGCUCGUUUACACGGUGCGAACCGGCUACUGGAACCUGAUCAAGCCGCUGAUGUCGCGGUUCCCGGUCAGGAUCACAAGGAGCGGUGGACAACAAGAAGACCUGCGCAAAAAGGAAGAUUUCCUUCCUACUAUCCCGUGGAACGUCGAGCAGGCGCUCCAUUUGGCCUAUGCCAUGGGAGCCUGGGAGUGCGUGCGCGAGUUGCAGCCCUACGCGGGCGCGGGCCUGCGGUUGAAGCACGCUGCAAACGGUGGCCACAUGGACGACGAUAAUACUAGCGCACCAGCACGACUAGAUCAUGGGUCAUCUGUGGGACGAACAGCGAACGAAAACUUUAACAGAUUCAAAACCGGUAAAAAAUCCGCAGAGGAAUCAUCAACAUCAAGAACAUAUUCAUCAGGCCACAUUGAGGUCGUGACGAGAGGUCAACAUUCCUCAACCACGACCUCGAGAAGUACACCAACUCAUAGCAGCAGCCGCAGCCCAUACGACUCCUGGUCCGCGGAUGAAAGAAGCAGUGAAAUAAGCGACCAUCGCUCGGCGGCAGGGGGUGUCGGCAGCUCGAGCAGUGCGGCCGUGUUCUUUUCGCCGAUUUUGCAGCACCAGCCCGUUGUUGCGCCGGUGCUGAUGCCGUUGUUGGAUCCGAACCAGAAAAUCACCCGGAUCGUCUCGAACUUGGUGGAAGGGGUGCUCGGACCGUGGGAAGCCGAUUCUGACGACGACGAACAGUUCUUGGACGCCGAGGACCAUAUCAACCAGUACGAGCAGCUCGAAAAUUUCGACCAGCUCGCAGCAGAAGACGACCAUGUUGAGAGUCUUCAGGAUUUCAGUCAUGAGGCGACGGCGCACGAGCUCCUUGCGGAGCAUGAGAGCUUGCUGUCUUAUAGCAACGCUGUUGCAGGAGCUCCUGCGUCUGCAGACGGUCGUGGUAGUGAACAACUACAUCAGGAACGAUAUAAAAAAGAUCUUCCCGAUGACGUCGACGCGUUUGCGGGAGCAGGUCAGCCUGCUCACAACGAGGCUGGUGACCGAAAGAAGUUCGUGCUGCAAAAGCAGCAGGACCAAGAAUGCGGCUAUGCCAAUGCAGAAAAAGAUCCGGAAGCUGACCCUGUCGAACAUGUCAGCAGUGUCUUCGCGACAGAAGACCAGGACCAGAAUUUGAAUUUCAUCCCUGCAGCGUCCGAUAGUAAUUAUUUCAGUACAUUUACGCGAGCAGAAGAUUCAUCUUUAUCUUUUCCAAGUGGGCACCCUUCUACAGCUUCGACGUCCCAGAAAAUCGUUUCCGAAGCCGAAGAGCAGAGCGACCAUACGUCGACCACGGACACUACCACGACUCCCAAUUCCGCAGACGGAAGUGCGCGAGCCCGGACCUCCGAGGGUGCGCGAGACUUGACCUUUCCCUUCAUCGAACAAGCACCAGACUGCGACGAGUCCACCUCUUCCAUAGUUCCUGUGGAAGAUCAAGACCGUACUCGGGGGCAAAGAACGACACAACACCAACCUUUUCCGGAAAUAAAAAUUUCCGAGACCACAGCAUUAGGCGCAGAGGCUAUUCGAGAAGGAACCGCCACCACCAGUGACGAACUAGACGAGGAAAGUGGUUCCCUUGCCCCGCUCUGGACCGAUCGCAGCGAAGAUUUCGCGAACUACAGCGCCACUGAAAGUUGCAACCCGCAGGAGGCCGGCGAGAGUGAGCUUGUGCUGACAGGGCACAAAUCUUACGCAGGCAGCCUACAGAAAUUAGGUUCCAGGAUUCCACAUCCGAGGACUUCUCGGAUAGGACUUCACAUCCGAGGAGUUCCCGGACCUGAAGUCACAUCCAAGAACUCCUCGCGUGUCAGCUCACAUCAGAGAACUCCUCGGACAUGCGUUGACAUCCCAGGAGUUAGUAUUUGAUGUGGCGAAAAUCCUUGGGAGCAAAUUCCUGCAAGUCACCUGCGUAAGAUUUGUGGUCUGAUCGGCAAUACCUAUUGGAGCACAAAUUCUACGCAGGUGAGUUACAGAUAUUGGCUUGCAGGAUUUCCGCCGCAUCGCGAAAUUCUUGACGCAGCGAAGAUCCUGGGAAAUAAUUCCUGUAAGUUACCUGCGUAAGAUUUGUCUUCUCACUGGUAAUACCGAUCUGGGCACAAAUCUUAUGCAGGAAACUUACAGAAAUUAGUUCCCGGGAUUUGCGUGCUGCGUCUCCAAUCGCCUCACUUGGACACGAGGAUCAUCAGUGUGUCCAAGUGUGGCGACUGGAGACGCAGUACGCAAAUCCCAGAAGUGCAUUUCUUUGGGGCACGAAAGCGGAAGCUGUAGGAGCGCGAGUUCUGCUCUGCUCUUAGGUAAAGAAAACUCGCGCAGCAGCUUUUUCCUCCUGGCCUUCUAGAAGUGUGCUUCUGAACACAUCUGCAGAGCGAUCUGCUUUGUCUUCUAGGCAGAAGACACAGCUUCUUCUAGAAAAGAAGUAGCUUCUUCUAGAAGCUGCGUCUUCUAGAAGAAAAAAGGUCUGUGUCUUCUACAGGGAGACCAGCCUUCUAGAAGAAGACAAAACUUCGCGGCUUCUUCUAGAAGAGGACGCAGCUUCUUCUAGAAGAAGAAGCUGCCUUUUCUUCUAGGAACUCAGUUUCUAGAAGAAAACUUCCGGAAAAAGUGUUCGGAAAGGGGGUUUGCAAAGGGGUCUUCAAAGGGGUCGCGCAAAGUGCCUUAAUCGCGAGCUAUAAAAGGGUCAGCGAAAGGGGUCAGCGAAAGGGUCUCUGGAAAGGGGUUUCCGCGGGACCUUUUCUAAAAGAAGUCAAGAAGACUUCUUUUAGAGUCUAAAAGAAAUCCAACGGAUUUCUUUUAGACUCUCAAAGGAUUUCUUCUAGAGUCUCAAGGUGCCUCAGAGGCGCCUUGAGAUUCUAGAAGAAAUCCUGGGAACUCAUUUCUGUAAGUCCGUUGCGUAGGAUUUGCACUCAGGUCGGGAUUACCGGUCGAAACGCAGAUCCUACGCAACCGACUUACAGAAAUGAGUUCCCAGGAUCCCACGUCCGAGAAUUCCUCGGAUGUCAGCUCACAUCCGAAAGGUUCGCGGAUGUGAGCUGCAGGAGAACUUUCGCGCGCAAAGUGCCGAACUUUGGCGCCCUGCUCGUGAAAGUUCGAUCCGCGUGUCCAAGUGCGGCGAUGUAGAAAAAACACGGGAAUUCUGGGAACUAAUUCCUGGAAGUCGCGUGCGUAGGGUGUGUAGUCAGACCGGGACUACCGGUCGAAACGUAGAGCCCGCGCACCUGCUUCAAAAUUUUUGAAAACCGAAGCCUUUCGGAACUGCUCUGGGAACUAAUUUCUGCAAGCUCUAAUGCAACCCGCAGGAGGCCGGCGAGAGUGA